CCCUGCAGCGCGCACAUGGCCGGAACCCACGCCCGCGCCCACCUGACCACGCCCCUUUGCCCCAUGGCAACGCCCUUUUGCCCCAUGACCACGCCCCCUUUGCCCAUGGCCACGCCCCCUUACCCCUCUUGCUCUGUUUUGCCCCGUUCUCCUCCUGUCCCGCCCCGCGCUCUCGUCCGCCAAUGGGAAGCGCGCCCUCACGCGGCGCCGCCAAUCAGCGCGAGGGAACGACGGGCACGGCGCGUGUUCACCGUUCCCAUGGAGAUGCGGGACGCGGCCAUGCAGCACGGAGCGCGGCGGGGUCCCGAGACCCCUGAGGGGGUGGCUCUGACGGGCCAUGUCCCUCCUGUGGACCCCGCGGAGGGACCCCCGUGUGGGAUCCGGCUGGCGGGUGAGGUGCUGCUACCCGUGGUGUCCCCGUGCUGCGGAGACACAGUGGUGGCUGCGGCCAAGGAGCCCCAGGAGGUGAUGAUGACCCCGACCGAGGACCCCCCCGAGGCGAUGAACACAGAAGAGGACCACCACGAGGUGCCAGUGACUCUGACCGAGGAGCCCCCCAGGGCGCUGGUGCCCACAGCCAAGGACCUCCCCGAGGUGCCGGCAGAGCAGCUGAGAUGUCACGUGCCGCGGGGGACCUGCCUGAUCCACAACUGGCAGGAGGAGAGGGCCACCAACCAUCUGGACAAUGUGCUACAACCAGAGCUGUGCAGCGAGGGCUUCGUCCACCGGCACGGCCACCGUGGGCUGCUGGCUCCCCCACAGCCACUGGUCUCAUGGCCCUGCACCACCACCAAGGAUGCCUUCCGCCCGCCCCACAGAAUCUCACUGCUGGCACAAGGGCAUCGGGAGGCCAUGCUGGAGAGGAUGCUGUACCAGAAGUACUGGCAGGAGCUGAUGGAGGAGAUCCACCCACCACCCGGCCCCAGGGAGACCCUCUCCACCACACACCGGGAUUACCAGGCAGGGGGCUUCCAGCCCACACCCCCACCCACCACCCAGCCCCACAGCUACCACACAGAGCAGCCCCGCAGCUUCUGGCUGGAGCAAGCCCGCAGCGUGCCCGUGAGCACCCACACCCUGCCCCGCCACCUUGCUGUUCCCACUGCUCACAGGGGUCUCUGUACCCCUCCCCUCCAGGGUGUCACCUGCAUCCGCACUGGGGACAGUCCCUUCCGCAGGAACGCCGCCUUCUCCACCCCCAUUGCCAAGUACUUGGAGCAGCUGCUGCCCUAUGAGGCAGCAAGCCGCCGGCCGCAGCCCAGCAUGCAAUAAAGAGCAGGGGCUGGCCCUGCUGCUGGCA